CAGCUCUCGAAAACCAACUUCUAGUCCACACUCUCGGUCUCUUUUUCUUUCGGUUUCUUGUCGGCGGCGGCGGCCCCGCCGCCACCACGCCGCACCGCUCCCUACCCCCUACACGGUGGUGUGCCUGUGCGCGCUGCUGUGCUUGUGCUACACGACGACGACGAUCGUUGUGGGUGUCCUUGUGCGCUCCAAAUAUCCUCCUCGCCCUCGAUCCGCACCCCUGCUACGCUACCGCCAAUAGGGUACGACCUCGUACACUCCAAAAGUUCUCUCAUCCACACCAGUACACGCAAACGCUGCCUGUGGAAAACACACAUCGUACGCACGCACACUCCGCUCCGGCGCUACGUAUAUAUUGUACAUAAAACGCCGCUAGUACGUCGUCGACCGAAUUGUGUGAACUAUCGGACGUUCUUCCUCUCUGAAUUUCGUUGCUCUGCUCUACUCUGCUCUGCUCUGUACUCUGCCACCGCCACAGCCGCCGCCGCCGCGAGCUGCCGCCACCGUCACCGCCACUGCUCCUCUGCUCUCGCACAAUCCCUUCUUAUCCGUUUUUGGAAAAACCGCACGACGGCACUCUCGUUCGCGCGCGUUAUUUUUCCACUUUCUUACGAAUUUUUUCGCCGCUUAUUCUCCGUCGAAGCUUUCCGUUCGUCGUCGCUUCCGUACGUUACGUACGCGCGUACAACAAUUUUCCGUUGGUUGGAAAUUUUCGCGUCGUUGUCGCCGUCGUGGUGGUCGCCCAAGUCGCAGUCGCAAUCGCAGUCGUCGCACACACACAUUUUCCACCACGCACAACCCCAGAGAGAGAGUGUACUCUACAAAUAAUACACAGAGCGCAACGACGACGACGACGUAUACUCGUGUAUGCCAAAAGUACGAUACGGCGCGCGAAUGCAGCUUUAGCAAUGGUGUUCGUCGGCGGAGAAUUGCGAUCGGUUACGUAGUUUUUCAUAUCGAACGGUAUUAGCGCGUUGGUUUUUUUCUUCUUCCUCGUAUAUAUGCCAGCACAUCGGCCGCGUACAGCUAUAUAGUAAAAAUAAGCAUUCGAUCGCGACGAAAUCCGUAAACAAACCGAGAACUGGGCGCGGUGGUGCGAUUCUAUAGUGAUAAAUUACCCCUAGCUCGUAUCGCAACCGAGUGAGUGCACAUCAUCUCAUCAGUGACCGACCGGUACGGUACCGAUUCGUGUGAAAAAUCAUCGUACAUAUACUGUAGAUACACCAGACGACAACGACAAAUGCGUAAAGGGUGGGCGUUCACGCACUUCUCGUCUCAACCAUAGGAGGUAAACCAACGAUAGUUAUGUAAAUCGUACGUGCUGAUCUUGUGAAUCACCAUCGCUCUGAUCGCUGCAACCAUCCAAGUCCUGCAACAUGAGCAAUAUUCGUCGAUUCCAACACCAUCAUCGCCCUGAACUGUUCAGCGGCUCGACCACCGGCUUAUUAUCGUUACAAUGCCUCGAGAAUCUAGCGUAAUGACCAACGACGCGAUCGUCUCCGAUCACCGAACCAUGUUGUGAACUCGCAACCGGUUCAAAAGCUCGGCUGUUUAGUCGUCCCCGAGUCCAUCAACACAAACAGCACAAAGUCACCGACGCCCACCACACCAGCAACAUCAUCAACAUCACCAUUGCUGCAUCAUCCAUCCGCAAAGUCGUCUUCUGCAUGUUCGCGCGACAGCAUUUUUUAUGUUAUACAACUGUGAUAAUAUAAUAUCUUCGUAUCGGAAUGAACAAAUCGCUGCGUCGCGUCAUCAUUGUUUCGUAUACUACUUGUUUUGAUUAAGUUUUUUUUUGUUUCUUUUUUUUUUUUACUCCUCGACGAAAGCGUUCGUGACAUCAUUCGCCUUUAUUUGCCUAUUAAGACGACGACAAUAUCGCUCCUCCACAGAAACACCGACCAGUGUUUUCACUACCGCCGCCGCUGCUACAGUCGUUAUUGCUGCUGUUACUACGAACCGGGUGCCUACUCCUGUGUCCAAAAGCAGGUACCGACAGCAGCAAUGCGAUCUAUUUCGUGUCGGUUGUGGUGCUGGUUCGGUAGCAUUGGAAGAGUGACGACACCGCUGGCGGCAGUGGUUGGACAAUGCCCUUGGGCGAACUCUUCAGCUGCGUGUGGUUGGUACUCUUAGCUCUUUACUUGAUGACUACGUUUCCAAGCUGUUUUCACUGCAGUUCUUAUCCGACAACUACGUACUUAUCAUCAUCAUCAUCAUCUUCAUCAUCUUCACACUCUUCUUCGUCUCCAUCACAGUCAUCGCAACCAGAACAGAAAUCUGCCACCGCCGCCAUUUCCUCGCAUACUUCUUGUCACCACCAGAUCAUAACCUCUGAAUUUAUAAGCUCAGACUGCCAGCAAGUACUUCAGAAACAACAAGAGCCUAGGAUGCGAAUCACCGGCCAAAUAAGCGAAGGGCCCGGUCCGCCUUCGUGCGCGGCGCCCUGCUCCGAUAAACAGCGAAGCGACUCGAGAAAAUCGUUUUGCCAUCGUUACCUUAAUGAAAAAGACUGCGCCGAACCGUGGUCGAUGGACUGGUCGUCGAUUCGGUUAAGACACUGUUGCGAACACUCGGUCCGAGAGGCUGUGCCUAAUGCCGACGAAUCGUUAAAAGAUCCGCAACAGUGUGAACGGCAUGUGCGUGAUCUAUUGGAAUUGGAUGCCUUUGUAGCCAAAGUUACGUGUCAAUUUGAACAGAUUUUACUCAGAUACGAUUGCAAUCAAAAUUAUUCGGUUAAUAGUUGUCAAAAGUGCAAGGAUGCGUACAGAAGAUGGGUUUGCGCUUCGUUAAUUCCUCAUUGGAAAGAACGUCAUAAAAUAAAACCGUGUCGAAGUAUUUGUCAUGAAGUCGAGCAAACCUGUCCAUGGUUCCUGCCAGCUGAAAAAACUCCAGGUUAUCCAGCUCAAUAUGCCGGCGAACCUAUUUUCCAAUGCAUAGAUGAAAACAUACCAGAAAAUGGUGAACAAUUAUUGCGGUCAACAUACGGAAGCGCGUGUUGUUACGAGUACUGCAAAAAGCGUCGAGCCGGAGCCAUGCCACCAGUUGGUUAUCAUCAAGAGAACCAACAAAAUAGCUACGAAAUUGGAUCUUGCAUAGUAGGCUGCGAUGACUCAUCUUCAAACGAUCCGUCCCAUGAACCUAAAAAUGGAUUAUGUCAACCGCCUUCUUCUACGAGUACGACAGCUUCGAAUUUACCAGAUAAGAGUAGCAAUUCGCCUACAAUACCGUUUGUCAAUUUUCCUUUAUCGUCGUGUCCGUCUUCUGAUUCAGAUUCUACCUCAUCGAACGAUGCUACUGGGUUGGAAUCGUCUUCUGCAACUAGUAAGAGUGCUCCUUUUAAUUUAUUGAUAUUAACGUUAAUACUUUAUUUGUACGUUACGAACGUGAAGAUAGAUGAUUGGAGAUGAUUGAUAAUAAAUUGAAAAUAGUUGUGCGUAAAUCGUCAAGUAACCAUGCGAGCAGUCGUACAAAUCCGUCGCUUUCGAUUGUUAUUAUUAUAAUGGCUAAUGUAAGACUGAUAAUAUGAUGAAGAACGAACUGUUUCCUUAAAUGCAAAUCUCGGUUCGAGUCAUUGUUCGCAGUUAUAUUCGUGUAUAAUUUUUUUCUUUAUUAUUUUAUUACCUAUUAUUUUUUUUUUAGAAUUUUAUUCGUUGUAUUGAAUUGACGUUUUGUUAUGGAACUACCUAUAUACCUAAAUUACCGUUUUAAGGUAUAAUUUAGUUGAAUUUUAAUGUUCAUAAAUUUUUUCUUAUAGGAAAUUCAACGUAUUUAUCAUCAUCGCUGAUAACUCCAUUUACUUACCUAUUUGAACUUUUGUUGCUCAAUCAUACUAAAUACUUUUAAUAUUAUUACGGCUUCUGUUGCAAAAAUGUCGUACUAACUUUUAUAUUUUUCAACCAUAAAUGUUCGUGGCAGUCGUUAAAUGAUUUUGAUUCGAUAGGUACAGUGAGAUUGAUUUGACAUGUGAUAAGAUGGAUGCUCAAGUCGAAAGCUAUAAAUCUCGAUGAACGAUGAACUGAUCAUUGAAAAAGUGAACAUGGAAAAAAAAAGCAAUGCAUUCCAUACCUACUUAGAUGAAAAAACUUUUUUCAAAAAUUUCGGCAAACACAAUCAAGCACCUAAUGAAAUGAUUGUAAUUAUUCCCAAACCUGAGAUAAACAUUCGGAAUAUGGAUUCAUAAGGUCAUCUUCAGUGAAAAAAAUACUUUAUAAGUAAUACCUAGCUAUACGUAGCUUCAACUGCUUCAAGCCGCUUGAAAGGAUCCUACUCGUAUCAGCAUGAUAAAUGAAAUGAUCUUUACAACAAUUCAUUUCAAUUUUAACUGAUUCGUGUUUGAACAUUCUAUUAAGGCUUCGUGAUACGUAAAUGAUUGAAGUGUCGUAAAAUAAAUACCAGAACUCCAGAAGGUGCAUUAAAUAAGACUCCUUGGCUGAAAUCUUAUCACAUGUCAAUUUCAGCAAAUUGAUAGUAAAUUAAUUCCGAAUGAUGAGAAGUAAAAUGAGAGUAAUUGUUGCCAAUACUAACUAAAUGAAUUAAAGAAUGAAGAUGACGCAAUCUUCCAUCAUUUAGCAUUUACGUAUACCUAUUUACCUACCUUACACGGUCGUAGAAUGAUCGAACUUUUUUGAUACGACUAUGAACAACCCGAACAAAAUCUUGACGUGGAUACUAUUUUGUGCGCUAAUAUCUCCAAGUAUAGGUAGGUUGUUGAUUAGAUAAUACCGUAGAUUAACUCGAAUUAAUCUAUGACAAUACAUACUCAACUAUCCGGGUACUGGACGUCAUCGGUUCGAAUCCAUUGUUGAAUUUUUGUUCUGUUAUAUUAAUCUAUAAGUUUUAAAGAAAAUUUUAUAAAAUAUCUUCCAUCCUCCAACAAUGAACUUCCGAAUUUGAUUGAUUAUACCCGCACUUCUGUGAAACGGCUUCGUAAAGAGAUUGCUGGAGAAGCAAAUUUACGUAUACAAGUGUGUGCAUUUUUUAUACAUAUUCGACUACCAACUGAAUUGAAAAAUUUCCAAAAUAAUGUCUUCGAAAAAAGCCACAUCUUUCGUAUCCACGAUUUCAAAAAUUGAACUCUUCAAGGCUGAUUGAUACACCUGUAAAAAAAAAGACAGAAAGUGGCAUUUAUCGAAUACCUAUAAUUGAUUAUUCUUUUGAUCAAAACGAAUAGGCUAAUUUCAGGUAGUUUCUUAUACAUAUAAAAAAAUGAGAAAAAAAAUAAAUUGAAAAUGAUGUAAAGUGUAGGUAUAUAAGUAUAUCUCUUUUGACGCUGUGGGGAUCAUGAUUAUUUUGUUUGUUGGAAUAAUUUUGAUUUGUUUUUUUACGAAUGUAAUAGGUACUUAGCUACCAACUAACCUGUUAACUAUAAAAAUAUACCUAAUAAAUUGUCAAUUUAAGUUGAUGUUAAAAUUUUAAACGGUUUUAGUGAUAUGUAGAAUGUACCGUAUGUAUAAUUCAAAUUUAUAUUAUUAAAAAAAUGUAAUACUGUUACUAAUCUACAAGUAUACAGAUAUGGGGCUUUCAUAUUACCUCUGUAGGUUAAUAAUCUGGUCAUAUAACGUCCAUGUACAACAGACGUCAAGUUCAACUAAUGAAAUUUGAAUAUUUUUUUCAUUAACCUAUAACUACAUAGAUGAUACCUGUACUUAUGUUAUCUGUUGUUAUUGUUAUUUACGAUAUAAUUUAUUUCUCAAUGUUACUAAAUUUUAGUAGAUUUUGUUGCAAAUAUUUUAAAAAUAAACAAUAUUGUAAUUAUUAGUACUAUUAAAUUAAUAUGUACCCAGUAAACUAAUUGUAUUAUUGUUAUUGCGUUAUAAUACCAUGUUAUUUAUUAUUAUUGUUACAUUCCUAACGUUAUUGUGAUUAUUAAUGUAUUAUAUGGUUAUUCUGUUAAAUCGUAGUGCUCGGUAGAUCAUGCAACAUAUGUUCCCUGAUUAUAUUUUACUUUUAUACCAAUUUAUAUGCGAAUAUUCUUAAGCAAACAUUCGUUUAGUUGAAAUUUAAAUUCAAUUUUUAAAAAAAUGGAGUGGCAUUUUUUUGCUAUUAGUUGUUGUACCUAUUUAAUAUUAUUUUAGAAUAAAACAGAAUAAAAAUAAAAUAAAAAAGUAUCUUCCUAAAAAAAAAAAACCAUUCUAUAGAUAAUUUGCUUCUGCUAGGUAUGUAACGAAAUGCUUAAAAUGCUGUUUUUCUUUCCAAAAAGAAAAAAGUUUAAAAGUACCAAGUCAUUCUUAUAUAAAAUGCAUUCUUCAUUUUUCUUCUCUCAGUAAACUGCGCGAUUUGACGUAACAGCGAUGAAAUAAACAUUAUCAUUUCGCUCAAUGGUGCACCUAGACUUAUUUACUUGUGUUGAUCAUCUUGAUGUAUGUAAUUUUCCCUAUAUUAUUAGUCAGCAAAGUUACACUUACGAAACAAAUUGAAGAUUUUUAGUAUUACCUACCUAAAAUUGUUCUAUGAUCAUUGAUCACGUUCCAACAAAGGCAUUUGCCUAUAGCGAUUGAUCGAUUAAUUAUAAUGUUCGCAAAAUCUAAUCUAGAUACGUACUUACGUUUGCCAUUUCACGCACUUAUAAAUUAUUACUAAAACAAUCAUAUUUAAUUUUUUGAUCUAAAAUUAUACGUAAUGUGUUUAUUAUAUGGGACCAAAUUGUACGAAAAUAUUGAAAGCAUUCCUUUCGAUGCAUUUCUCAUCACCCCAGCUAACCUCUCUUUAAAAUUUAUCUUCUGUUUGGAUGUCAAUUAAAACGUGAGAGUUUCAAGGAGAAUUUUCCAUAGGUAUUGAAUUUUGAUUUUUCAAUUCUCAAAGUUAAUUAAAAUUCAUUUGCUUGAUUACGUCGAUUAGGUUCAAAAUAAAUUAUCGAGUUACCUACCGAAUUUAAUACCUAACUAAAUACAAAAUUGACUGCACAUCUUUACCUACCUAGUGGUGAAAUAAUUCUUUCCAAUUAAAACUUCAUCGGUAUAAUACUUUUGAAUGCAUUAAAUUCCAACCUAAACUAAAAAAAAAUCAAGCAAUAUAGUUUCUCAAAAAUCAUUAUAUAGUUAGAAUGCUGUACUUAUUGUACUCGAAAACUUUUUUUUAGCGUGUAUUUCACUUUUUUAUACCUUAUUCUUAUUCAAUUUGUACUUACAUUAUGAACAGUCGUCAUUACGUGACAUUUAUUUUCUUCUUUAUCAUGGCUGAUAUUUUCAAUUUCACAUUUAUAGAUCAUUACGCCCAGGUAAGUGUAAAUUUUUCCUCAAUACUGUAAACUUGAUGGUAUGAUGAAUGAUGGUAUAGUUAGCAUCAAACAUUUCAAGAUCAAUCUUUUAUUUUGACCUGUAAACACAUGGGAAAACAUACUCUUUACAUUUGAGAAGUAAAUUAAAUGAUCUGUUGUUUCAAUUCUAUCGCGUUUCUAUAACCCUUCUUAUCCCAAAUGCAUUUCGAUAUCAUCAGAAGGCCUAGACUGAUUUAAAAAAAUUAAGGCCGGUGUUAUCUGAUGAUUAUUUUUUCAAUUCUUUAUCGUAAACUCGUGUUAAAAUUGCAUUGUGAUUAUUUUGGUUUAAAAAAAGAAAAAAAUGAUUGAAAGUACGUUCAUGAUUAACUCAUAAUUUUCCUAUAUACUACAUUCACACCUUGAUAGGUAGUAAAUUUACCUACACUAAAAAUCUAUUCCUAUAAUGUACAUUGAAAAUAUCUUAGAUUACAGCAAAAAAAGCGUCCGCCUUUUGUAGUAUUUUUUUUUUUUUUUUUUUUUUUUUUCAUUCUUGUAAUAAUGAAAUUUUAAUCAUAACGAUUUUUCUUCUUAUAGCAGCAAAUUCGUUAUUUGUUUUUAUGUUUUACUAUUGUUAUUACGAUACAUUUAUUUCUUAUAUACAAAUUAUACUUAACUGUUGUAUUAUUAAAAAUGUUAUUUGUAUUAUCACCAUGUCGUUUAUUUUUUGUAAUAUUGUUUAGUAAGUGUACAUUUGUUACUUAUAAACAGUGCAGUAAAGCUUAUUCAAAAUGUAAGGCUGGCCAAAGUUUUGAAAAUUGAAAUCAUUCAACAGCAAUACCUAUCUAACCUAUACUAAAAUAUAUUUACCUAUAGAACCAGCUGAACAUAUGAUACAGAAGUAUUACUGCACUAAUUAUAUAGCCAAAUAUGUACGAAUGGAAAAUUGUUAUUUCAAUUGUUUUCGUUGAAAAUCUACAUAUUUAUAUAGUUUAUUCAUUAUAUAAAUUUUACGUCGUUACGUUAAAAUGUACUGUUUACAUUCCACGUGCCAAAUUCGUCCUAAAAAAUUGACUCGAUAAUAAAGAGUAAAGUAAUUACUAAAAUUCGUACCAAUUUAAUAUACUUUUGUAAGUUUUUAUCGGAAUUGAUUUUUUAGUAACUUCUUAUUUAUGCAGAUUUGAAUUGUAAAUAUUUUAAGAUUGUGGAAUUACGUUCCUGCGUACGCUAAAUAAUGGAAAAAUGUACGAUAAAUGUAGAUUUAAAAAAAAAAGGCCUGCCUUUAGCGUGUAAUUAACCAAGAGCUGUCCGAUGAUCGUAUUGUCGUAGAUUGGCAUAUUCACAACCAUCUUAUCAUGAUUAUUGUAAAUAUUGCUCUAUGAAAUACAUUUUGAAUAAGCAUCUUUAUCGUUUUACUUUUCACUUACCCGUUGAAAUUGAAAAAAAAACGUGCAAUCUUAUUACCUACCUACUUUCGAUUACCCUUUUAGAUCCGAAUUGAUAUUAAAUUUGAAAAUUUUUCUAAAGUUAUUAGUAGCAUAUGUUACAUAACAUCGAGAUUCCAAUACCUACUCUCAGCAAGCAUACGAUAAUAUAUAAAUUUCAAAAUGUGAAUAAGCUUUAAAAUGACAAGCGAGAAAAAGUUUAAAAUUAUACUUUUAUAAGUAAUGAUUUGUAGAAAUGUGAAUUUUAGACACGACGAAUGUUAUUUAUUCGAAAUGCAUUUAGAAUUUUCCCCUUUUUUUAUUAUUCUUUCGUUGCAAUCGUAAUGAAAAUUGUUAGCGUAAAUUUUGUAAAAUAAAAAAAAAACUUAAUUGUUUAAGUAAACUUGCAACGAAUAGUCGUUUCGUGUCUGUAUAAAAGAAAAAAAACGCAACAUGAACGCGACAGCUACUGUUAAGGUCGCGUUAAUUCAGUGUUGAAAUAAUUAAGAUAUAAGGCCUAAUUACUAAUAAAUAGUUGAUAUUUUCGUUAAGCAACGUAAUAUUUUAUAAAUAAACUGUUCAUUUCGAAAUUUCGAACUAAACGAGAUUUUAGAUAAUGUACAUUCUAAACAAAUACGAAUUUCCGUAUUAAUGUUUUAAAAACUACAAAACUCUCUUAUGUAAUGUUAACCACUACGUUAAAAUUUACUUGAUCGUAAUAAUUCGAAUACAGUUAUUUAUUAUUAAGUUACGUUCAUUGUUAUAAUAAACGAAUAUUACCAUUUUAAGAAUU